ACAACAAACCCACCACAGUGUGUAUGUUUCUUCUUCUUCUGCAGAGCGAGAGAGAGAGAAACCAGCUGCUGAAUUCGUUGAUUCACUGAUACGAAACCUUAUUGCACAAUGUUCAGGAACCAGUACGACACCGAUGUCACGACAUGGUCGCCGGCGGGCCGGCUUUUCCAAGUGGAGUACGCCAUGGAGGCCGUGAAGCAGGGCUCGGCGGCGAUAGGGCUGAGAUCGAAGACUCAUGUCGUGCUUGCGUGCGUCAACAAGGCCAGCUCCGAGCUCUCGUCGCACCAGAAGAAGAUCUUCAAGGUAGAUGACCAUAUAGGCGUCGCCAUAGCCGGACUCACCGCCGACGGCCGGGUCCUCUCCAGAUACAUGCGCAAUGAGUGCAUUAAUUAUUCGUAUACCUACGAGUCGCCGCUCCCCGUUGGCCGUCUUGUUGUUCAGCUGGCCGACAAGGCUCAGGUCUGCACUCAGCGGUCAUGGAAACGGCCAUAUGGUGUUGGCCUGCUGGUUGGUGGUCUGGACGAAUCCGGGGCCCAUUUGUAUUACAACUGUCCGAGCGGCAAUUACUUUGAAUAUCAAGCAUUUGCAAUUGGAUCUCGAUCCCAGGCAGCAAAGACAUACUUGGAGCGAAAGUUUGAGCACUUUGUGGACUCAUCCCGUGAAAAUCUAAUCAAGGAUGCACUUUUUGCAUUGAGAGAGACCUUACAAGGGGAAAAACUCACGAGCACAAAUUGCACAAUUGCAGUGCUGGGAGUCGGGGAGGCAUUCCACAUGUUGAAUCAAGAAACUGUGCAGGGACUGAUCAAUGAAUUCGAGAUUGUUGGUGAAGACCCCCCAGCUAAUGUGACUGUUGAACCUGAACAAGGCAGUGGGGCUGAACCUGAUACAGCUCCUGCUGACCAAGAUGUCGCCCCGAUGGAUAUCUGAUGAUUCAGUCCUAUGCAUGUAUGAGGUAAGAAUUAUGUCUUUUAUUGUCGGAAAAAGUGAAUCCGUUUUAUUUCAUUGAGGAACUAUUUCACUGCCCUUGAAUGCAAACCAUUUCAUGUCUCUCCAUCGGUACCCUGUUUCAUUCAUUCCGCUUGAUGACAUGUGCCUUUGCUUUACAUUGUUACUGUUAGAAAAUAUGACACUUGUUAUAACUUAUCUCGACAUUACUGCAAUAUUUGUUUGUUUGCUAGUAUUGAUUUCGUAUUUAAA